AUUGCAUGAAUGCACAUAAUUAAGGUCCCACCACCUCAAACUUCCAAAACUACGAUCAAAUCAAGAUAAUCACAAGAAUUAAAAAACCUCACUUAAAUUAUAGUGUGUGUAACCCGUUUAAUUACCAUAUUUACCAAGUAUAUAUAUAAAUCCUUUUUUUUUUCUUAUCUCCUAAAAAAAUCAGUUACACAGAAAAAACUCCAGAAAAGAAAUCCCCAAAUCUUCAACCACACAUACAUUCACUGUAACUCUUCUUCACCCCCCUUUUGAAUUUCCGAUCUUCAAUCAAUAACCCUAAUUAAUUUCAUUUUAAUUUUUUCAAAUUCCCUAUAAAUUUCCCACGAAUUAGGGUUUGGUUUCCAAUUCGUCCCAAAUGAAGGUCCACCCAGCACCGAAGAAGCGAAACAUAGCCCUACGAUACGACAUCGUAUCAUCAUCGUCUUCAACAACACCUUGCAGAGGUCAAAAGAAGCUUCGAAGACUUCCCCACAUCUUCGCGAAGGUUCUAGAACUACCCUUUUGCUCAGACGCCGACGUGGACAUCGAAGAAACCGUUGAUUUCUUCAAAUUCACGGUGUUUGACACGGAUGUGGCGUCCGAUGUGGUGGCGGAUACGGUUGAGAUUCACCCAGGUGUCACGAAGAUAGUGGUCCGAAGUAAUUCGAUUGCUGACGUGGCGAUGACGGGGCUUGAACUCGAUUUAUGGCGGUUUCGGUUGCCGGAUUGUACUCGACCGGAAUUAGCGACGGCCACGUAUGACGGCGGCGAUUUGGUGGUGGUGGUUCCGAAGGAUGAAGAGGAGAGAGAAAAUGGGAGAGAGGGUGUUUGGGGUGAGGGCAAUCUUGUCAUUGUACAGUGAAAUUGAUGACUGGUGAGAGAGCUUAAAUCAAAGCUUUUUCUUUUUCUUUUGAUUUUUAUUUUUUAGUUUUAAUUUUUCUUGUUUUGGUUAGUUUCCCUCGUUUUUAAUUAUGUUUCUAUAGUUGAAUCAUAUGUAAUGUGGGAAACAAAAAGGUUUGCAAUGCUAUUUUGGGCUUCUUAUGCUUUCAAUGUGAUCAAUGUUCAAUUAUGUUCUUGAUUUAAUAUUAUUAUAUUGAGUAAUUUGAUGC